AUGGCCCCUCGUAAUCGAACCAACCUUUCGCGUCCAACAAAUCGACUGAAGAAACCUAGGAACGAAGCGAGUCAAUCUGCUCAAGAGUUGUCUGAAUGGGAUGAUAAUGAAGAAAAGUGGUGUGCAAAAGAAUGUGACCUGCUCAGCCGUGCACUCACCCAGCCGGAACCAGCUACAAACAACCCCUGGCCCAAUGAGAUUGAGGGUGAUCAAUUUAUUGGCGGUAACGACGGGUAUUAUGACUUUGAUGACGAUGCUCACACACCGCCUCAUGAGUCAUCAGAUUCAGGAGCAGAAUCUGAUGAUUCUGUGCACUCACUUGCUUCCGAUACUGACGUUGGUGUUGCAGAAGUCAUGAAUGAUACCAACACAAAUCAGCUGAAGCUACAACUUGAGGACUUGAUUGAGCAUGAAGAGGAUCUGAGAGAGAUCAAUGAGACACCAAACUUUGCACCUCAAAUGUCAUGA